ACGAAAAACAUCAACAUCAACAUCAACGUCCAGCAGCGAGAGCGAAAGAAAGGAAAACAACGUCGACGAAGGGUUCAGAACACGGCGCGAGUUGACUCGACUCAAGAUUCAGGCAAUCUUCCCGUCUUUUCCCUACUUAGCUCUUGCGUUGAAGACCUAAGCUACCCAGCCACUUCUCCCCUCUGUCGCUCUCAAAUACCCAGUAAUCCUUAAGAUCUUGUUAAGAAAGAGAAUUAGCCGAUAAAUGGACAGUAGAGGAUGGCUUAAUGUAAUCUAUGGGAUCUACGGAAUACUAGGUUUUAUCUCGAAAACAGCAUACACAUGAACUUCCACACUGAAACUUGAUGAAAGCCGAUACCAAGGUAGGAAGCAUCUUCCUGGAGACUCCCAAGUAAACCCUAGCUUCCCUUCCAGCUCUUCUAUAGAGUAUGUGAUGUAAUACAAGAUACGCAGUAAGUCUUCAAGAAUAGAUUAGUUGGACACUCAUCGUUCUCGAUAGUUAUUGAGUUGGGACCUUGGUUCCUGUUGUCCACAUCGGCUAACUCGUGUGACCUCCACCCACACAUAUCCGCAUAUAUAGCAACCCAAGCAAUUUCCCCUUACAAGGCUCUAGCAACAUGAGAGGCUAUCAAGAUGGCAGUCAACCCUAGACUCAACAUUUUCGAAUCCUAUUAUUAAGAUAAUUGGUAUACCAUGCUAAUAACUUCGCUGAUAUUUAUGUGAGCUCGAAGGUAUUCUGUGGCCACUGGGACAGCUCUAACUAAGCUAUCCCGUCCCAUCGCGGAGUAUCAAAAGAUUCCACGUUGCAGAAAACCUUUUAUCUGUGUCCGCAAGUCGUGCUCCUACAUUCUCUGACAUGCUCUGGGCCCCUUCAUUUUGGCGUAAUUGUUAACUAGGAGUGGGGGGUAUUAAAAGGCGAGGAAUCAAUCCAGGUUUUCACAGGAUAUGGCGUGAUAGAAAGGGUGGCCAUUGGAGACCUGAGAGAUUGUUUGCCUGUAAAGUUCUGUCGGCCACAGCCCCCAGCCUUGUUAAUCCUCAUUCCUCUAAGUUAUAAGUUGGAUCGAGUUCAUCUAUAUCACUGUCCGCCUGGCCUUGCAAGUUCCGGGGGUGAUGUAUUGGCCCAUUAACUCAUCACACUAUGCUCCUCGCUAAUGCGCCGUCUGAACAAUGGCGUUUAUUCGUUCAUUCGUGGAUGUAGAAGAAACCAGUGUUCUGGGAGAGCUUGGGUGUGCCUACAUUGGCCGUCCCCAUUAGCAACAGCCAUCAGUCAUUGGGUACCUUGCACCAGAGGUUGAAAUCUGUAUCGAAUGCUCGUAUUUUCUGGAUACGUAUGGUGGCGUCAUCUCAUCGCGGGAGCUUGGGUGUUAUUCUGCGACCCAAAGGUUACUAAGAAUCAUGCUUUACUCCCAUGGUAUCUUCUAGCUAAUCAUGUUAGCCAUUUCCAAACUUCGAAGAGACCUCAGGCUUGUACUUACUAGUGCGGAUAGCUUGAUACCUGAUAGAACGGGAUAUGUUUCGCACAACCCAGAGCGCCAGUAUCUAUUCUUCCUGGUCAAAUUCGCUCCGUGUAACAGGAUCGUCGCUAAGUCCCUUGUUUUUUGGGCAUUCCGCAACCGCUACCGUCGUUUGCUAACCAGAAGCCAUAGGUGGUUGCAUCUGAGGCGACUGAUAAUGCCUUAUUUACCGGAUCCCCCUUCCCGUGUUAACGAUCGUUCAUCGGGAAAUGUAACACAGGUGGCUAAGGUUCUUCGUUGCUAGAACUUAGAAGCGAAUCGCAUGAAGGCCUCUAUCAUAAGUCCUUAACACCCUCCUUGUAUUCCUGGCUGUAACUGGGAAGUAGUCUUGUAUUCCUGGUUGGGACGGCCCGCGAUGCUGAGGGUGUCGAGGGCUUAGAGUGGAGAUGAGCCGAGUCACUGAAUUCUCUUCGAGGAAUUCAGGAGAGAGCGCCUUAUCACGUGAGGGUUAUCUGACCCGCCAAAUCCAUCAUAUGACACUGGCAUGACAGAAAGCACAAGUCUUGCUCUUUAUAUAGAGCGCCUCCAGUUGCCUUUCGACGGACUGGUCCUGGAAUCAACAGGCGAAGCAAGUCGAGACAAUCGAUUGGUUUAAACUUCUCGCGGGGCCGGGCCGUGAGUGGAUCCCGGAAGUUUGGCUCGCUGAAUCGAAGUUUAUUUACGGCCUUGACCUCCCACAGACGGUGUUACCCUCCCACAUCGUUUGAUAUGGGAAGAUAGAGUAAUCGUCCAUACAACGAGUGACAGCAGAUCAUCAACCACUAUAUAUAUACUCCCGUAUCUAGUGUUGUUCCAAAAAUCUCUGGCCAUGAUUCUUAUAACCGUUUGUUCUCAGCGUCGACUAACAACACCGAGUACUCCGUACUUUCUCAUGCUUUCCGGGCUCGCUUGAGAAAGAGUCUCUUUGACCGUUAACUAGUUAGUUAGCUGGUGAACUUUAUGGAGUACUAACGGCUGGGGUUUAGCUCCGUAUUUCUUUUUCCAUUGUCUUGCUGUCCUUGCACCCAAUAUUAUGCACAUGGGCCCCUCUAGGCUUCACAGCCAUAACAGCCAACUGGCCUAGGCUGUAUUGAAAUGACGCCAAAUUUAAUUUUCCAAAUGUACUACCACCCCUGAACCAGUUAGUUACAGAAAUUUGUCCCUGGCCCUACAGACUGCAGCAAUUAUCGCUUGUAGGGUUAGUUUUUCUAUUUUAUUUAUUUACUCCGUAUUAAUUUUUAAUAUACCACUGCCUUGAUAUAGAUCACAAUCCCAUUCCAUAUAUCCAAUUCUCGCUUGAUAAAACACCUCUUUCUUUUUUGCGUACAUUAGCCGGUCAAACUUUGAGACUUUGAAAAUGGUCAGUUCUAGAAAAGCAUCGAGCUUGCAGUACCCUUACCCACACUCCCAGCGGUACUCUCUUCCCUUGGGAUUUAGAAAAGUACAACAAGGUACAGGAGAGAACAUUAGCUCUUCUCCACUACGAGGUAUAAACUGUUGUCUUUACCAGUUUGAUAUAAUACUUGCUUAUGCCAUUAUAGGGAAAAAACCGUCCGCUUCUUGCGCCAGGCCCCAACUAGAUGAAGAGCCCGAUAGCGUGGAGAUGGUUCCUCUUGAGAUAGGAGAUGAGCAGAAGGUCGAGGCCUACUAUGAAUCCGCGUUUGCAGCCUUCCAGCACAGCAACUGUCUCCAGAUAGUAAAGUCAUACGCCAAAUUGAUGGUCCCGCACAAUGAAGCCAAUGACUCAAAUGACGGAGACAAGAAGGGGCCUCAAACGGAGGCCACGCCCAGCUGGUGGCCAGAAAAUUUCAUCCGCCGUGAGCUCAGCUGCCAGAUGGAGUCGGAAUGUAUACGCCUCCUUAUCCACAUCUUCCGCAGCCUUGGAGAUACACAUGAUAUCACUGCAGAUAAGCUAGAGGAAGCUAGCCGUGGUGUACGCAGACACAUACAACCUCAUAAAAGACUCGUUAUUCUGGAUGAGAUUUACAAGGUCCGGAGGGCAGAGGAAUGCUACAAGAAGGGUGAAAUAGGUAAGUUUAGACAAAAUUAAGGAGAUUUACGAAGCUGACAUGACUCUAGAUGCAGAUACUGUAAUAUAUGUAAACAAAGAGCACACAAGGGUCAAGCAAGAGUCGCAAGUUGCAGACGACGCUGAUUAUCAAUGUACACCCAAGGUCUAGAAAAACAUAUAUCCAGUAACUUAUUAUACACACCUUUUUCAUUUAUCGAGUGAAGGAAACUAUACCCAGGAAUGUGAACAAACAUAAUGUUGGUGGCAUGACUGUUGUUGUGGGAGUUGUUGUUGGCCUGUUUAAGCUUGAGAAAUGCAAUGAAGGGAUUAACCGGAGAAUUCUCGCUUCUCAGCGUCUCAUCUCUACGGUACGAUGAUCUGGCCAUUACAUCUAUACCCUUUUAUCAUCACUCGAAUCAUGAUUUCAUUUUCACUAUCUCGGAUGGCAAAAAAUAAUAUAUGCAGCAUACCAGUUUAUGCACUCUUUUUAACAAUAUAUUGACGCCCGAUUAUCUCGUUCACCCAUACAUAAAACACCCCUCAAGCGGAUUUCCAGCUUCUUCGACUAAGACUCAAUCUAAUGAACCCAUCUUGCGUAGAUAGGGGUGACAUUUAGCA